UAUGGGUAUUAUAACUCAUACUGUGGUACUCUAUUCCUCUUGUUGGAUCAGCUAAAAAGGAGGACUAAGAAACAAUUGUAACAAAACAUAUUUAAUAUCAGCGUUUUUCCAGACUCCCAUUGCGUUUUUUCAAUAAGCUAUCAUGUCAAAGAUUGGUAAAAUAAUCGUAUUGAAAAUUCAUUGCGAUUGUGAAUGCACCCCAAGCACGACCGCGUCCUCGACACCGACUAACUACAAGACCCGGAGAGGAUUGCGACAUAUGUACGUCUGAUAUUUAUUUACGACUUAACGUAUUGUGAUUUAUUUACAUGGCGAUACCCCGAUACAGAAAAUAUGUUCAACAAGAAACCACGAAGAAAUUUUAGGCAAAGGAAAGGAGACUCGAGCGAUGAAGAUGAACAGAAGAACGGAGAGGGUGAUGACCUAGGUAAAACACAAGUUACCGCUGAUAGCAUAAAGCCCUCCAAGUCGUCGCAGAUCAAGUCGGACUCGAGUGGUGCUGAAGACGUAGUGGAAGAUAGUGGACCGUUCGCGGUUACUAGAUCGCCUCACAGCAAAGAGAACAAGGAUGGACGAAAUAAAAUAAACGUGCUCAGCUUCUCUGACGACAAAGCCAGGAGAGAUGUGACUGUGGUUGCGUCCCCGAAAGAGCAGUCCGGUAGUGAUGUGUCCGGAGAAGAGCUGUCCCCAGAGAGCGACGGAGACGCCAAGUCAACCACAUCCACUUCUGCCUCCUCCAUGUCAUCCAGAUCAUCCAAGUCUUCCAGAUCCUCCAUGUCCUCCACUCAGAAACAUAAACCAGUGGUGAUUCCGGACACGAGGAGGAUUCAGGCAGCCAGGAGGCAGCGUCAGAAAGCCAGAGCCCAGAAGGACCACAUCUCCCUGGGCAGAGACUGGGAGAGCUCCCCCCGGACACCAGACCACGAGGACCUGGAGGAACGCAGUGAUGAGGAUAAUGAUGAUGAUGAUACGCCAGAUGACCAUGAGCGAAGGAUCAAGUUUGCCCCACGGUCCAAAACAAUCAGGGAGAGGAUAGCAGAGAAGAUGGGGAGUGACGGUGGUGACAGUGGCUCUGAUGACCAGGAGAGAGAGGAUAAUAACCUGUGGGAGGAGCAACAGAUUGGGAAGGGAGUGAAGCGACACCCUGGGGAACAGGUACGAUAUUCACCCCUCUACUUUCUAAGUCACACACAAACACACUUUCUCUCUCUCUCUCUCUCUCUCUCUCUCUCUCUCUCUCUGUGUGUCUGUCUGCCCCUGCAGAGUCCAUCAGGCAGUGAAGGCAGUGGCUCUGUGAGGAUAAGCAGCAGCAGGCGGAAACAGAGAGUCAACAUCCCAGAGUCUCUGCCUCCCGUCAGCCUCAGCAUGGUCAAGAAGAGGAUCACUCGGAAACUGUGUGAUCUGCGGGAGGUCCACAGGGCUCAUGAGGCAGACCUGAGGAGGAUGGAGGUGGACAUGGACAGCUCUAGAACCUCUCUGGAGAACCUUGAGGACAGUUCCGCCGACCGCCAGCUACGGUUCUACCGCGCCACCACCGCCUACGUUCAGAACCUGGUGGAAUGUCUGAGAGAGAAGGUGGUGGAGAUCAACAGUGUGGAGGUGGACAUGCACACUCUGCUGUCUGAACAGGCGGAGGAACUGUUGUCAAGGAGACGAAAGGCCGUACAACUGGAGUCCUCUCGCUUACAGCAGCUCAGCUAUGCCACUGUUCCACACUGUGAAGGAGAUUCAGGGGAAAGCGUGAAUGAAAAACAGAAUAAAUUUGAGCCAGGUGAGGAGGACUGUGGUAGCCUGCCGGCCGACAGUGAGCUUUCAACUGAGGAAGAGGCAGAACUGCAGAAGGGGAGAGAGAUCCUGAGCAGGUCCCAGGGUGUGUUCUGUGACGUGAAUGAGGACUUCUGGGUGGUGAAGAAGGUUCUGUCUCGCUUCGACGAAUGGAGAGGAGCCUUCUCCGAGUCCUACCACUCAGCCUACAUCAGCCUCUGUCUGCCCAAACUACUCAACCCACUCAUCAGACUCCAGCUCUUAGGCUGGAACCCCUUACAGGCUGCAGGGGAGGACUUUGAGGCUCUGCCGUGGUACUCUGCUGUUGAGACCUUCUGUCACGGACUGGGUUACCAGGAGGCAGAGCACACAGACCGAAAAACACUGCCUGCUAUCAUAGAGAAGACCCUGUUACCCAAGAUACAAGGUAUUGUGGAGUUAGUGUGGGACCCUCUGUCCAGCCGUCAGUCAGUGUGUCUGUCUGAGCUGUGUCGCAGGCUGCAGGACGACUACUCUCUGUUUGAGGGAGAGCAGAGCAAAGCAGUCAAGGUGUUUUUAGAAGCAGUGAGUGGCAGAUUGGGGAGUUCAGUGGAUAAUGAAAUCUUCAUUCCUCACUACCCUAAGAAGUUUUUAGAUGACAAGUCUUCUCCACAGAGGCGGUUCAGAGACCAGCAGUUCUGGACAGCUGUGAAGCUCCUAGGUAACGUGGGCCAGUGGGACGGUUUGAUACCUGAACACGCUCUAAAGGAGCUGAUGUUGGACAAACUUCUGAACUGCUACCUGAUGAUGACGCUACUCAACGAGACCCAAUCUCAGGACUCUGUCCAUAAAUGCAAAAAUGUCGCGGCGUGUUUUCCUCAGUCCUGGUUUAAAGACGUGAGCUCCUGUCCCUCUCAGCUGAAGUCCUUCAGUGACCAUCUCCUGCAGACUGCCCAUUCAGUCUACAAACAACAGCCUGACCACCCCAACACACGGGCCGUGGUGAGCGAUGUGCUGACUGUUCUGGGAAGCAUCAAGGCCUGGGACAAGGUGUCGACUAUAUCAGACAAAUACCAUUACAAAGACCUGGUGUCCUAGUGUGUCCUACUGUGUCAACCAUACAUCAUGUAAUAUUUGUUGUAAUUUUGUACAUUACACAACUAUAUUUGUACUUAUUUUUUUAAUAUAUAAAUACAUCUAACAGAUGUUUGGUCCA